AUACGCAAUUGUGACUGAAUUACUCUUAAGAAGCAGUGAAGUUUUGUACACAACGCUAAAAAAAAAAAGAAAAUUUCAUACAAAGUAGUGUCAUGCCAGAUAAAAAUCGUUUAUAUUAUUAACAACUCUCAAAAUAUCUUUCAAAUUAUCUAAGCCAGUUAUUCCCUAAGGCGAGUGUUCAAAAUCCAACGUGAUCAAUAUAUCGUGUGUUUGGUGAAGCAUUUUCAAUCAAGAAAUAUCCAAUCUAGCGACCAACGCAAACACGAACAGAAGGGGUUCAAUAGCAAAAAUGGCCACCAGCGAUAUCUCUAGCUCCAAUGAGCGCCACUACUAUGCAAAACUAGAAGCUAUUAAGGAUAUAAGGGAUAAAACAAUAGCACUGGAAAAAUUAAAAGUGAAAAUAAUCAAAGAAGUAAAAAUAAGCGACGAUGAAGAAAAAUGUCUCGAUGAAUAUCGGAAGGAAAUGGAACAUUUGCUGGAGGAAAAAAUGUCACACGUCGAGGAGCUGCGACAAAUACAUGCUGAUAUAAAUGACAUGGAAAAUAUAAUAAAGCAAACUAAGGAGAAUCAAACGCGUUCCGUUGACAUGGCCAAUCGAGUUUAUGAAGAAUAUCUAGCGCUUAAGUAUCAAAUCGAUCAUAUGCGUCGUGACUAUUUAGGCCUUAGUCCACUACGCGAUUUACAUGAAGAGGAAGGUAGCCCCAUUUCAAAAGACCGUUUCCAAACUAACUUUUUGAAGGUGAGCGCUGCUGCUGCCGCCGCUGCCGUAGUCGCUGCGCAGCCCACAUCCUUGGCACGUCCUCAUCCCCGACACCCACUUAUCCCUGAAGCUACGGUGACUGCGUUGGCGCCUACUGGAGGCGGUAGUGGACCAACUGGUGGGCAUGCUUUUAUGCCACCUGCUCCUCCUGGAACUGGGAGCGCUGCAGCUGCUGCAGCAGCAGUGCGUUUGGGUAAGAGUGACUUUUCCGCACCGCCACCACCUCCCCCACCAACAUCUCGCUUGCAGCAAACACCUUCAAUUGGUAUUGGGCAUCAUCCAUCAUUCCGUUCGGAUUUCAAUGUUAAUUUACGUCAACAACCGCCACCAAUGAAAUCAUGUCUUUCGUGUCAUCAGCAAAUUCAUCGUAAUGCUCCAAUUUGCCCAUUAUGCAAGGCAAAAUCUCGCUCACGUAACCCUAAGAAGCCAAAGAAAAAAAAUAAUUAGACGCUCAAUAUUUAAGUCCAUUGACAGAAAAAAGAGCUGCUCUAAUGCCUGUAGGUUAAUAAAAUGAUUGUACAUCAAGCAAAAUUAAUUAGUGCUCUCGAUCACAAUCAAAAAGGGAACAUAUGAGUGUAAAUA